GCUGCGACAAGCGUCCCCGCGAGGUGUUUCAGUAAACUCCUCAGUCUACCGUCACCCUUCGUGCGCGUCGGAUCGUAACGACGCUCGGUAUCGCGCCCAGAGCCGCUGUGCGUCGCUUCGCUUGCUCCAAUCAUCAUCGUCAACAAUCAAUUGGAAAACGUGAGUCGACGACAAGGACACCUGUCGUUAUCGAUAAGCAAACAACGAAGUAAGACUCUCGAUCGCGUACGCGUCGAUCCGUUAUCGAUAUCGAGCUCACGCGCUCUCACGAUGCUCGUCGAUCGCGGUCUCUGAACGCCAGCGUUGAACCGUGACAUUGGAUACAGAGAAGACAUCGCAGAUUUCAGGCGAAACGAAAAGAUGAACGCACCGGUGUACGCGUCGUCCUGUCCCGCGUUGCAGUCGAAUCUCUCGCUGCACAGCUCGUCCUAUUACAGCGAAUACAGCGGAGCAGCGAGGAGGCGGUUGUCGUCAACCGGAGAGGCUGACACCUCCGCCACGUCGAGCUACGAGGGUAGCGACAGCUCGGAAAACAGCGACGAGUCUCGUCUAGAACCGGUCAGCCAGAUGGAGCGGGAGCAACUCGAGACCUUCUUCAGGGGCUUGAAGUCUCAGGUAUUCGUCUGCGAGUCGCUGGCAAACCUGUACCUGGGGAACGCGUCGCAGACCGAAAGAUGGGAGCUCCGAUUCACGGGAAUCCCCGUGGUGGUUCUGGAUCUCGGGGAGACGCGAUCGAGAUCCAAGCGGCGGAUCCAAAUUUUGUUAGCCGAACGUGGCACUUGCUUCACUCUAUGGAGGGAGACCAUCGACAAUCUGUCGUCGUACAAGGUCUCAGGUCCGGCGUUCCACACGAUGUGUCUCUCCUCGGAUCACACGCGUCUGGCUGGUCUCAGCUUCGACAAUCCUAAAGCAGCGAACGACCUCUGGCAGCACAUAGAGCGGCUCGUUUCCUGUCCAGAGAACAUCAGCCUGUCGGUGCCAGGGAAGAAGAAGAAGAAGCCGGUGCCCAAGAAGGUGGAGCUGCCAGCGAAGAGCAACAUCAGCCAGCCCUGUCAAUUCCAACACGUGACGAGCGUGGACGCGGCGGAUCGCUCGCGAUACUUCUCGCUUCAGACCCUCGUGCCAGCUCUGAACGAGCUGGAGAACUCGUUAGAACCGAACUUCUGAGAAAAGGGGAAGAAGCCCGACGAGCGUUCAGACUCGUAGUCUCCCACGCUCGUCCGUUCCCUGUCCGAUCUGAUCGUUUUAGGUGAAUUUCGUCGAUGAGAUUGGACGAGGACGAUGUGACUGCUUCGACCCUCGAGCAAAAUCAAACGUUCGUCGAGUCCGUUGCCUCGACUUUUGGAACGAUUGACCAGCGAACACGGAAGGGAACGGAGAAUAUCAAUGGACCGCUCGUGACUACUCCUCGUACCCUUCCUCUUCGACGGAACGAAUUAUCCAGGCGGUUUUCCGCCUGGAACCAUUUUCAGAGAUCGAGAUGUUAGAGAUAAAGAAAGAAUAGCGCGAGUUACCGACCAGUGGAGCUUGAAGGAACGACGAAGAAUCGCAGAAGAGUAUCGGUAGCGGAUCGAAGACGCGAACGAGCGAGUCCUUCAGGUUUACUGGUUGUUUCUCGGUGGACUGAUAUGGUGGGGCCAUAUGAAAUAAAUUAUUUAUUACGUUCUAGUUACUUCAAGCUUCGAAGACAUUUCAAAUAAACUUACUCUUUUAAGUAUCCGUUCUUGGGGUACUUUAGAUACCUCAUGUACAUAAGUUUCCUUGAAACGCUUUCAUUAAAAAAAAUGUUCAUCCAACACGUGUAGUAUAAUAUGGUCCUUCCAUCUCAUCAUUUUUCGCAAAAGGAGCCAGUUUCUCUGACAAAAUGCGACUGUUGUACGUGUGCUUCCGGAGAACGUAGAGGAAUAUGAUUAAGAGAAGUGUUAAGUAUAACACAAUGAACGUGGAAAACGCGCCUAGCAACGUCAAUGGCGAACGUUAACUCGAAGUAGUACUGCUACGGCGAUUCAGUUGUUUGCGUGCAAGCAUUUCCGGCGGAAAGCACUCGCGAACGUUUUUGUUCGUCGCUCGUAAUUAGGCAGCCCCUUCGAGUUCAGAAAACCGUUGUAAUUCCUUUGACACAGUUGGAAGCCUCUUUCGACGCGUUCUUUUUUCCACCGCAAUUCUGGUUUCAUUUUAAACGGGUUUCCUCGUUGCUCCAGGUGAAAAGAGCAAUGUUUGGCGUUAUAUUUUUUUUUCGCUGAAAAGUACGCGAGACAAUGGACUGAAAUUUUGUGCUCCGAUUAACCUUUUGCACUCUCAAGGUUGGCUGCACUGUUCAGGCACACAAAGUGUUAAAUAAAUAAUAAUAUUUUCAUUCGACUGCGUUAAUUUAUCUCUGAUUAUGCUUGCUUAAUUAAAAUUUAACGAUUUGAAAACACUUUUCGACAACGUAUAACCUAAUUUGUUGGACUGCAAAGGGUCGAUGCAGUUUUGAAGACGUUACUUCAAUUCCUUCGUUCAUCAGUAUGAAAAGUAUCGAUUGAAGAGAAAUGUAUUUGAACUUUUGAUUAGGGUAGCCAACUUUAUGAAAAUGUAACAAAAUCGAUUUUUUUUUAUUUCAGGUAUAUAGAUACUUCCGUGCUUGUAACACGUUCACUGUCCAACUACUAGGCGUAUCUAAUAGCAUCGCGCUAUGACCUGUAUAUGGGUCACGGACUGCGAACGUGUGGACCCUUUCGGAUUUGACAUUUUUUUAUUACAGUUUCGAGCGAACUGUGAAUGUACCAUAUAAAAUAUAUGUGCGUUGGAUAGUUUCGUAAGUAUACAUGGCACACGCGCGUGAAUAUGUAUUAGACAAAUAUCCAAAUACAAAAAAAAAAUCGUUCUCUGGAUGUUUAAAACGACUUCAAAAUUUACGCGCAGCAACGUUUUUGCGACCGUUUAGAAUUGUUGUAGUUGAUCGUCCGAGUUCGUCGUAGAUAUGUCAGAUUCGGAAAUUCUCUAACGUCCUAACCCCUUCGUGACCUCGCAAGACCAAUAAAGAAUAUAAUAAAUAAUUCCAAAUUCAAGCUAUAUAGAUUGUUUGAAACUGGAGCGCACGGAUAACUAUACCGUGAACACGAAGGGGUUAAACCCAGCGAGUAUUAUAAAGCGCGGAUGGUCUAGAAAAUUGAAACUUUCUUUGGAUCUUUGAUGUCGAUCGCUUCCUUGAUACCACGUAACAGCGUAGACAGCUCGCGAAACGCUUUUUCAACUUUUACCUUAUCCCUCUGAAAGACAAGUUCUUCGAGUCGAGAGCCGUCGACCACGUGCUUCAUCGCUGUGUACGGUUUUUAUGUCAGCCGUGCAGAAAACGAGGCAUUCCAUGACUCUUCGUCGUUUUAUCGCGAAGUCGGGUAAGAUGCUUUGACGUCGAUUCUCGAACGAAUUUAUGUCGCUAAUACGUCUUGAUAGUUCUGCGUCAAUGGUGGACGAAAUUCUUGUCGAGAUACAAAUUUCAAGAAACGGGUGGAAAAUAAGUUGUCUAUCAAGUACUCGUUCAACGAAAGUACAAUUUGAAAUAUAGAGUGAAAUACUUUGCUACGUCCGAGUAGAAUGAUACGAUUAUUAAUUUUUGAUGAGUUAUUCGAGGUUUCAAUCCAGAUCAGAAUUUCGUUUAUCUCUGGCACACACUCCUAACGUCGGUGUCUGCCUUUCCGAGAUAAUGUUCUGCAUGUUGUCCGAGUAACGGAACAAGACUGGUACCACCAUCCUACAUUUUAAACGAACGAUUUUGACGUAGACACUGUAACGAUAAUAGCCUUAGAACGUUUCGUCGUUACCAGACUUUGAUCGUUAAUGUUAAUCGCCUCUCGGUAGGCGAUCCACCGAUGUCGCCUGUGUAUUUAACCCUUGUUGCUAUCGAACAUGUCAAGUCUCGUUCAGUACAAUGAAACGUUUGUAGCUCUAUGUAAAAUUGAAGACUGGUCCAACAAUUUGUCAACCGCGCGAAUAAAGAUUUUUUAGGAAAUAUGGAAACUCCUCUUUCUUACUUACUCGCGGGAUGCGUUCUACACUUUGAAACGAUCAAUUUUUGCACCGAGGUCUUCAAUUGCCUAGCAAAAUUAUUUCAUUUAUUUUUGUUCAAGGGUUAAACGGUGAAUAUUUUCAUCCGCAACGAAGAACCAUCUGAAUCGUCAGAUUUCUUGCGUUUCAAGAAUAAUUAUCGAUUCGUUUGCAAUCCACGCGGAACAGAGAUGGGCGAAAUUUUAUUCGAAGAACGAAUCACAAAUAAAAAUCAACGUGUAACGUAUUUAAAUAUCGUAGAUUUGCUUACUGUGAAACAUUUUUAUUCCCAAACACUAUUUCCGUUUCAAUUAGUUGUACUUUUAAGUUGUGACUCCCGGAAUAAUCAUUUUGUCCAUUUCUGAAGCGGAUUUAAUCGUGUCGAAUAAAUAUAUAUUCGUUCGUACGCGAUCACCGAGGCUUCCUGGCGGAUUUUAGAGACUUAAACGUACACGAAUUAACAUUAACUUCUUUUGUCUACGACUGUGAUAUAAAUAUAUUUGUAUAGUUACGUUUCGUAAUACGUAUCCGCAUUGAUUAAUCACUUUGAUAUGUAUAAGUUUACCGAGCAUCGUUACGCAUGUAAUAAUUGUGGUAAUAAAUAGUAACUUCAUGAA